AUGUCGCCUUCGCCGCCUGUCACUCUCGGGGCGCUGGAAGGUCCAGCCCUGUGCGAAAGAUGUCUCCCCGUGCUACUGGAUGAUAGCAUCAAUGACUUCGUUGAAGGAGAGUACCCUUCGUCAGAUUCUUCUGUAACACUGAGACACAAAGCCGAAGGCGAAGGUGAAAUGAUCAUGUUGGGAUCGCCUUGCCAAUGGAAAGACUCGUUGCCUUUACUGUCAGUGCUGGCCGAGUCUUCUGAGAAAGGCUGUCAUCUGUGCACCUUCAUCCGAAAACACGUCACUCAACGCGGUAUAGACUAUGCAGGAGAUGUCUACAUCAAUGGCGGAUACAUAUGGGGCGCUGACAGAGAUGUAUUUGGCUCGAAACCGAACGAGGAAGGUCUUGUAUUUUGGCGAUGUGAAGUAUACAAACGCCCCGAACAGGAGUUUCUUGCAGCUAUUACCUUCAACAUCGAAUCCGACAACGGUCAGUGUUUGUAUUCCUAA